UCACAUUUAAAAAUAUAAUGAAUUAAAACAAGCAAUCUUUUCUUUAAAAAAAAUUGUGUUCCUUUAUAAGAAAUAAUAAUAAACUAUGUUCCCCGACCCAAUGACUACUCGAAUCUAAAACUGCAUUUGUUGCCAAUCUCUAUACUCACACAUGCCUUAAAAGAUUUAGUGAAAUAUUACCAUCACUCUUAUAUGAAAUACAUGUACUAAAUCUCUGUAUAUAAUUGUGAUGAGAAAUAAAUUCAGUUCAGAUGGAAAAGAGAGAUUUCAUCUUGUACACAUUAAAUACGACGACCUAUGAUGAAGCUAUCUAUCUUGUCUUUUGAGCUAAAAGAUAAUUAUUAUUAGUUAAUGACCAGCCUUUCAAGUAGUUGGAUUUACCAGCAACUUGGUCAUUACAUGUAGGUCGUAACGACCCCAUAUGUAGUGUUACGUUUCAUAGCUCAUUUCUCGGAUUUACAUCAUUAAUACUUUAAUCUUUUUUAAAAUAUCCAGUUCUCGGUGCUUUUUAUGACGUCCUUUGUACAACGUUUUUAUCUUAAAUAUAGGAUUACCCAGAGGGUGUUUCCGCAAUACACACUAAUUGAAAGUUAUUAAAAGGCCCGUUCCCGUCCGGUCAUUUCUAAUUGAAUUUUUUAAGCAUUAUUGGUUUUUUUUUUCUUCUUCUUUUUUUCUAUGGUUCAGCAAGAUGUUUUCCUGAAUGAGGUAAUUGCCGAAGUUAGAUGCCUUAGUUAUUGUAAAUAGUAUUUGGCGGGGUGUAUUGGGCUAUGGGUUUGUUUGAUGAUCGAUCUCCGGUUAUUAAUAACAAGCACGUCGCAUCGAAAUGCAAGGAGAUUUAACACAACUUAAAACAGAGAUACUAUGUGAAGAACACAUAUACAUGGUUUUUGUCACGGGUCUAGGGUUUUAAAACUCGAUCGCAUAUAAAUCAGAGAUAUAUGGAUUCGAAAAGAAUUAAAAUAAAGUUUAGCUUCCAACAAUUUAAAAGCUCUACGGUCAAAUCGGUGUUAGAUGUAUGGGAGUAUUAUACACUUAUAUUUCUUAAAGAAACGGUCAUUACGGUUUAAAGACCGAUUGAAAUGUACACACUGUGAUUUCAUUAAUCUCACAGGAAGACUUCUGUACUGCUGACCUCUUAUCUUGCUUCUUUAUACACAUCAUGCCACAGAACCCAAGAGGAAAAAGGUGGAGAUGCUGGCGAGGUCCACCACGGAAGGAUGAAACCGUGUGAAUUCAUAUCAAUAUUUGGCGAUUGGAUUUGAUUUUUGAUUAGUGUAUUUAACUCGAAACAAUAGACAAGGUCUACAGACAACGCGGGAUUGUGUUUCUAUCACUUCGUGGUUUAAUUCUAUUGUUAGUCACAACAUGGGAGACGAUCUUUAUCACUGUUAUGAGCAAGAUGCUCUUUAAAUUAUGGCCCGCCAGCCCCAUGAGAAACGGGCACUAGGACGAAGGGAAAGACCGUUUGCAGUUGUUCGGAAAACCCCAAAGUUCCAGCGGCUGAAUGGAUGGGACUUGCCUUUUGAAAAUGAAUCUCUUGACAUUGUCGCUUGGGCAAGUCUUCAAACUGCACUACACUCAAAAAAAGAACGAAAGAAGUCAAAAUUACCAACAGAAGAUCUAGUUUUCAGACAUGUUCCAAACUACCGAUGUCCAACUUUGGAAGAUCCGACAGAAUUUGAGAGAAGCAGUAUUCACAAAAGAAUAUGUGCAAGAGAAAAACCCGCGUCGGAGCAGCCGACAGUUAGACCUAUCAGACGAUCAAAAACUACACUCACGCUCACCUCAGUACGAUCAAACACCGAAAAAUCUCUCCAGAAGGUUGGUGAAGAUUCAGAGGAAGGUUAUAAAAAAUCAAAAUCGAAGGACGACAUGGAUGCACUUACACGAGCUGUCAGCAAGGAGAUGGAUAAAAGGGAUGAAGGUGUUCCGAAACGAAGCAGAAGUGUUCCGGUGCCGUAUAUGCCAGAACGACCAGAGAAUGCACCGUCCUUUCGACGGUUGUUGUAUUAUGCGCGUAAGUAUGGAUCAAAAGAUGAUGCCAUUCUAGAUGAGGAAGAUGAGGGGUAUGGGUCUAAAACUCCCAGCGCUGAGGAUAAAGACGUUACAAGCCUUUAUGACGAUUUUACAGGACGAGGCUUUCAGGAAUCUUCAUACGACCAUAACGGAAAUACGGAUAGGGUUAAGAAGCUUGCUAAAUUUUCUUAUACGCAUCAAUUACCAAAAACAACUUCAUUGUAUGAGGAGUCAGAGGACGAAAAAGUCAUUAGGAGUGGUGAACGUAAUAUGAAAUAUUACAAAACUGGAUAUGUAGAAGAAAAAGAUAAUUCUUUCGUGAGGAAAAUGUUACAUAGGUCCCAUUCAAGUAUUGGUCAGUACGAGACUUCAUCAUUUCAUGGCACGGAGGACAUCAAACCGGCAAUUGUUCUCAGGAAAAUCACGAUUCAAAAUGCACAGGAAGAAAACAAACCUAGUCGUGAACAAUCUGCCAAACAGGCAGAAAAGAAAACAUUCUAUGAACCUCAUAAAACUAUAGUGAGACAAAAUUCCUUUGUUCAAAACGAUAGAGCACAAUACCCGGUCUAUUGUACCAGUCCCGAGUUCAAAUUUGCACAUCUACCACAAAGGCCAUCAUCAAAAAAGCAGCAAAGAGAAAUAAAUCCAUCCGCUAGUGCUAGGAAAAACAUGAUAGAGUCUGCGAGACGACUCCGGACUCCUAACUUAGAAUUGUAUAGGGCUCACACCAGCGUGUGUAUGCCUAUAGGGGACUUGUUACCAGCAGUUGAUAGAAGUUUGCGGAAAGGAAACAGCUCUAAAUCUAAACAACAGGCCCAUGUUUCGCAGUCCAUGCCCGAUUCACUUAAUACAAUUUUGUCAGCACGAAAAUCGUAUGAAGAAGUACAGCAAGCCGGGUUGGAGUACAUUAUGAACAAUCAAAACAAGGGAAUUAUAACACCUCCCUUUCGAAAUUCUCAUUCAACAAGUGUAGAUUCAACAACGAAGUCAGCUUCGGACAAAAAUGCGACGGUUCAGUACUCCACGCCAUCCAGAAUAAGCCUUGAUGACUUCGCCUCGGUAUCAUCUCUGUCAACAUCAAGAGAAGAGAACAAAACAAAGGUGACAACAACAGAGGCCAAAAGCAGCAAGCAAAGAGAAGGGAUACCUUCUUUGGCGCUAAGCAUGUCGGGAAUUGAUAUUGAAAUAAAACAUGGAAUCGUUGAUAAAAACAUCAAGACCGUCGGGAAGGUUCGCUUCACCGCCCAUCCCGACAAAGACACAAAGAAGAAACUUCGUGAUGCUUUCUCCAGAUUUUAUAACAAACAGCCCUACGGAGCUAGUACCCCGACCAAGAAUUGGACAGAGGAAUUGAAAUUCAUGUGGAACACAUGACAUUUUAAAUUCGUGUCUUUCAUUUUUGAAUCUCAGACUCAUAUGCAUAUCUAAUUUAUUUUAAAUUAUUUUAUAAAUAUAGGUAUUAAAUAAAUCUUAAAAGAAA